AUGAUCUUGACUCGAUCUCGGUCAAGGGCGCUGUCCAUCUUUCAGCGCCGACUCUUUGCGCUGCGUGCGGCCUUGGCAGCAGCUGCUCCGCAGCAGCGCAAAGAGGCCAUUGAGCUGCUCUCGCCGCAGCUGCGGCGUGAGUUGCUUUGGCUCAUGGAGACCGACGCGUCGGGAUCCAAAGCGGACAAGCAAGCCAUGCGCCGAUCAUGCAGCUUGGGAGUACCCAAGAUGCGGCUUCAGGCUGUGCGCGCCAGCUUGUGGACAAUGAGGACCUCGAGGGGCCACUACCAUGCUGCAAGGCUAACUCUGGGUGGUGUCGUGGUCGCAACACGAGCCACCAGAAGCCUCAAGGAGGCGGAGCGCAUGAGGCGUGGAGUGCAAAUCCUCGGUCAAGCAGCGGCUGGGGACACCAGGUGUGCCUUUGAAAGCCGCUUUCGUGAUGCAGUCGGAGCAGCCGGCGAUCUUGGAUUGACUUUCAGCUUGGUUCUGGAUCUGCGCCCAUGGGUUGGCAAGAAGGUUCAGUCGCCCACUGUCGACUGCGUGGAGGAAGCCUUGAGUUUGCGGCGCCGGCUCACGGAGGCCGCAGCAGCGGGAUGGCCAGCAUUGCGCCGCGAGUGGCUGUCUUGGAUGACAGCGGAGCGACGUCAGAGGUGGAAGUCCCGGAAGCGCACACAAGAUCAG